AUGGACCCGUGGAUUGCGCUUUCGUCUCCCUUGACCUCCCAGACAGUUGAAUAUGUCGCCAAUACGCUCAGGAUAAUGUGUGCUAUCAGUUGGAAUAUAAGUUAUAUGUCCAUGGCCUAUUAUUCCUUCCGCGAUAAGACAUACGGCAACGCGCUGAUCCCACUGUGCAAUAAUAUCGCUUGGGAAUUCGUCUAUUCCUUCAUUCACUGCCCCAAGCUUACCUUCGUCCGCAUUGAGAACACCGGCUGGUUUCUUCUCAAUAUAGUGGUCAUGUAUGCCGCAAUCAAAUACUCAGAAAAUGAGUGGAAGCAUGCACCGCUGGUGCAGAGAAACCUUCCCUUUAUUUUUGCCGUGGGGAUCUCAGCGAUGAUUGCUGGACACUUGGCCCUUGCUGCCCAGAUCGGGCCCCGGAUCGCUUUUGUCUGGAGUGCGAAGGGAUGUCAGCUUGUGCUCAGCACCGGUGCCCUCUCCCAGCUACUCUCUCGUGGCAGCACUAGAGGCGGUUCCUACGUCGUCUGGCUGUCGAGGUAUUUAGGCACCGUUUUUAUUGAUGUCAUGGUGACCAUUCGUCAUGUAUAUCGCGCAGCAGGACCCUCCUGGCCAAGCAGCCCUCUGCUACUGUGGUUCAUGGCGGUAUUUCAUCUGCUGGACUGGACUUAUGGUUUCUGCUUUUACCAUAUUAGGCGCCAGGAGCUUGUCAGUGAAGCAGCAGAAAAGGACAAGGACAAAUGA